AUGAUUGAGUUUGAUGGAUCAUUGGAGGGAGAGCAAGUGUUGCUAAAGGUUUCACCCAUUAAGGGUGUGAUAUGUUUUGAUAAUCAAGGUAAGAUUAGUCCGAGGUAUAUUGGGUCAUUUGAAGUUCUUAAGUAUGUGGGAGACGUGGCAUAUGAAUUGGCUUUGCCUCGGGGAUUGUUACGAGUGCACCCGUUUUUUCAAGUAUCUAUGAUGAAGAAAUACAUGGUGAUGGGAACUAUAAUAUUCGUUAUGGUUCAAAUCCUACUUAAUGAGAAUUUGUCUUAUUAUGAUGAGCCUGUAGCUAUUCUAGAUAGGGAGAUCUGCCAGUUGAGGUCGAAGGAGAUUGCCUCUAUGAAGUUCCAAUGGAAGUAUCGUCUGAUUGAGGAGUCCACCUCAAAGACUGAGAAUCAUAUGCAUAGAAGAUAUCCACACCAUUUUACCAAUUAA